AUGCAAAAAAAAACCCAAAAACACAACAAAGUCAAGCGCCAAAGAGAAAGUGAAAACCUCUGCCACGGACCGCGCGGGGGCCGCCCUGGACAGGCGCCCCUGGACGUGCAGAAAGGUCGCGCCGUCGGGAAGCACUCGGCCGCGGGGCUCGCUCAGGGCGGCCACUUCACGGAGGUCAAACGAGGCCCUGAACUCGAGGGGGGGGCAGCCGGGCAGUCAGGGACACUCAAAGGCAUGCGCGUGGACCCCGUGCACGAUGCCCGGCCGAGGCGCGCUGCUCCCCGGUCCCUCCGACCACAGCGGUGCCCGGCCCAGCCCCGGGCCGCCCCGCCCGGAGCCCCUCCUCGCAGGCCCGGGGCCGCCCGGCCCGCUUCCCGCGCCCCCGGCCAGGGCCCCGCGAGGGAGAAGCAGGAGCCGCCCCGCCGCCCGCCCCCGCCCCGGGCCUGUGGCCGCAACGAGUCUCCCGGCCUCCGGCCUCCCAAGGCCCGCGCAGGCCACGCGGGAACGUGUCCCUCCCGCGCCUGCGCGCGCUGCGGAAGGGCCGUGACGUGCGGCGCACCCAGCCGCGCCAGCGUCCCCACGCGCGCCGGCGUCCUCCCGCCCCGCCGCUCACCUCCGUCCUCGCGCUGCGCCACGCACGCCACACCACGCACGCACACCACGCCAUGCACGCCGCGCCACGCCACGCACGCCACGCUCACCACGCCGCACACGCCACGCCGCUGGGCCGAGUGUGCGUGCACGGUGGGAGCGCGGGAAAGCCUGAAGCCUUUCCCCCCCCUACCCCACAACCUGCCCCCACCCCGGGGUCCCCGCCAGAGUCUGAGCGCCGCGCACGCGCGUGUCCUUGCACCCCCGGGGCGGCCCGCAGGGGCGGCUCUCAGGCGUUGCCCGCCAUGGGGACGGCCCUGCCUGAGGGGCCCGGCGCUGCCACGCGGCCGGAAGCUGCUGUUGCUUCUGAGGGCCGCGCUCGGGGGAGACGCUCGUGGGAGGGCCGCGGAGGCCGGGGCGCGGCGGGAGCGGGAAGGGGAGCGCGAGCCCGGAGAAGCCCAGGGUGGAGACCGGCCGGGGGCUGGGACACGCCGGCCCGGGGCCCCCGCCUGCGGCCCCGGUGCUGCCCUCCCCGCACGGCCCCGAGGGCUCCGGACUCUCCUCCGCGCGUCCGCCCCGCGGACACGAGGCCCGCGAGAGCCCCGCAGGGCCCGGGCACCGGCGUCGCCCCUCAGCCCAGCCCCGGCGCCCCCGGCCCGCGCCGGGCUCUGCGCACGCGCCCCGGCACCCCGCCGCGCACGCACGUGCCAGGCAGACACAAGCACACACGUGGCGGGGCGCCCCGGGGUUCGGCGGCUCCCACGCCUGCGCACACGCCGGCCCGGCCGGGGGCUUCGGGUCCCCCGACGGCGCGGGCUCCGCCUGCAAGGCCGGGGAAGGGAGCCGCUGAGCGCGCCCAGCACGGGCGGGCGUCGGGGCUCGAACCCUCAGCAGACGCCGCGCGAGGCAGGCUCCGAGCAUGCGCGGCGCCCUGGCGGCGACGGGACGCGGAGCAUGCGCAGGCCGCCCCCCUCGCGUGCCCCGCGCCGCCACUACCCACAGUUCCAAGCCCGGGGCCGCCUCCGGAAGUGCUUGGGGCGGGUCUUCCCUUCUCGGCCUCUGAUUCGCUGCUCGUCGUUCCGUUUCCGCUGA